AUGGCCAACGAACGUGAGAGCAAAACUUUCCUCGCCCGCCUGUGCGAGCAGGCUGAGCGCUACGAUGAGAUGGUCACGUAUAUGAAGGAAGUUGCAAAGCAGCUGUCGCAGCUCGGCGGUGAGCUCACCGUGGAUGAGCGCAACCUUCUGUCCGUCGCCUACAAGAACGUCGUCGGUACCCGCCGUGCGUCGUGGCGCAUAAUCUCGUCGAUCGAGCAGAAGGAGGAGUCGAAGGGCUCCGACAAGCACGUCGGCACCAUCCGCGAGUACCGCCAGAAGAUCGAAACGGAGCUCGAGAAGGUCUGCCAGGACGUGCUCGACGUGCUCGACGAGUCUCUGAUCCCCAAGGCCGAGUCCGGCGAGUCCAAGGUCUUCUACCACAAGAUGAAGGGUGACUACCACCGCUACCUCGCCGAGUUCGCUUCGGGCGAGAAGCGCAAGGUCGCCGCCACCGCCGCGCACGAGGCCUACAAGACCGCCACCGAUGUUGCCCAGACCGAGCUGACGCCCACGCACCCCAUCCGCCUCGGUCUUGCGCUCAACUUCUCCGUCUUCUACUACGAGAUCCUCAACUCGCCCGACCGUGCGUGCCACCUGGCCAAGCAGGCCUUCGAUGACGCCAUUGCCGAGCUCGACUCGCUGUCCGAGGAGUCGUACCGCGACAGCACUCUGAUCAUGCAGCUUCUCCGCGACAACCUCACCCUCUGGACCUCGUCGGACGGCAACGAGCCUGAGCCCGCGUCCGAGGCACCCAAGGCCGAGGACAAGCCGGCCGAGGAGGCGCCCAAGGCCGCUGAGACGACCGAGGAGGCUGCUCCUGCGUCCUAA